GGAGUCAUCAGCGCCAUCAGUGAAGCAGCAGCUCAGUAUAACCCAGAACCUCCGCCGCCUCGCAGCCAUUUCUCCAACAUUGAAGCCAACGAGAGUGAGGAGGUGCGGCAAUUCCGGAGACUCUUCACGCAGCUGGCUGGAGAUGACAUGGAGGUCAGCGCCACGGAGCUGAUGAAUAUCCUGAACAAGGUGGUCACCAGGCAUCCGGACUUGAAGACGGACGGAUUUGGGAUUGACACCUGUCGUUCCAUGGUGGCUGUCAUGGACAGCGACACGACCGGCAAACUUGGCUUUGAGGAGUUCAAGUAUCUCUGGAACAACGUCAAGAAAUGGCAGCGUAUCUACAAGCAGUUUGACGCGGACCGAUCCGGCACCAUCGGCAGCAGCGAGCUCCCGGGAGCUUUUGAGGCUGCAGGCUUUCAGCUCAACCCGCAGCUCUAUUCCAUGAUUGUGCGCCGGUAUUCGGAUGAAAACGGCAACAUGGAUUUCGACAACUACAUCAGCUGCCUCGUGCGCCUGGACGCCAUGUUCCGGGCCUUCAAAUCUCUGGACCGCGACGGCAGUGGGCAGGUCUGUGUGACACUGAAGGAGUGGCUGCAGCUCACCAUGUACUCCUAA